CACAUUGUCAAUCCACAACAAGCUAUACCUCACUUUUCUUCAAACAGUUCCAUAUUCUCUCCUUCCCAUCCCCUCUCUCUCCUAAAAAAUUCCCAUGGACCAUCCCAAGGACAGCGAUGAAACACCAAUCCUGAGGCAGGAGUCGAAAUCCGGUAGCUCCAAAGCGGCAGCCGCCGCUCCUGUGGCUAUAGCAGCCACCACAAGAGCUGCCCGAUACGCAAGAGGAGGGUGGAAGAGGGGCGUCGCGAUUUUCGACUUCAUUCUCAGGCUGUGUGCCAUUGUUGCUGCUUUAGCUGCCACCACUACCAUGGGAACCACUAACCAAACCCUUCCUUUUUUCACUCAGUUCUUCCAGUUCCAAGCUAACUAUGAUGAUCUCCCUGCUUUUACAUUCUUUGUGAUAGCAAAUGCAAUAGCAAGUGGGUACCUGGUCCUCUCCUUGCCCUUUUCCAUAGUCUGCAUCGUUCGACCCCAUGCAGUUGCGAUCAGGCUCCUCCUCCUCGUCUUAGACACUGUGAUGGUAGCGGUAACCACAUCAGCUGCUUCGGCGGCGGCUGCGAUCGUGUACUUGGCACACAACGGAAAUUCCAACACAAAUUGGUUGGCCAUUUGUCAACAGUUCAACGACUUUUGCCAACGUGUCAGCGGAGCAGUGGUGGCUUCCUUCAUUGGUGCACUCAUCUUCAUGUUUCUGGUUGUGUUUUCUUCUGUGGCUCUUCGACGUUGAAUGCAUUUCUACAAAAGGCCCAAUGCUGUAUCGGGGCCAGGAUUCUCGGUGCCGAAAAUUUAUGUGCUUUUGUGUCAAGGGGUUCUUCGGCCGUUUGAUUUAAAACAUAAAAAAAAAAAAAAUCACACAAUCCAACAGCUGAAAAGCCCGUCGCGGUACAAAAACACAAGGGUGUUCAGGACAGAGGAGAUCGGACCCCAGCUAUAUCCGGCUUCCUUUGGCUGCCGCCAAACAGGGCGUUACCGUAUUUGAUUUGUUCCAUCACAAUUAUGCUUUUUUAUUUUUAUUUUUAUUUUUUAUGUUGGGGUUUUGGGCCUUAAUUUGGGUGUGCAUAGCAAUGGUACCAAUUAUGUCAUUUGGUUUGUACUUUGAGGUAUGUCGUAAAUGUAAUGAAAAUUAGUGAAUUUGUUU